AUGGCUCUCUACUGCGGCGACAACUUCGGCGUGUACUCGCAGCCCGGCCUGCCCCCGGCCGCCGCCGCCGCCACCGCCCCGGGCGCGCCCCCGGCCUCCAGGGCGCCCUACGGGCUGGCCGACUACGCCGCGCCGCCGAUGGUGCGGCCGCCCUACUCGUACUCGGCGCUCAUCGCCAUGGCCAUUCAGAGCGCGCCCGAGCGCAAGCUCACGCUCAGCCACAUCUACCAGUUCGUGGCCGACAGCUUCCCCUUCUACCAGCGCAGCAAGGCCGGCUGGCAGAACUCCAUCCGCCACAACCUGUCGCUCAACGACUGCUUCAAGAAGGUGCCCCGCGACGAGGACGACCCAGGGAAAGGUAAUUACUGGACCUUGGAUCCAAACUGUGAGAAAAUGUUUGACAACGGGAACUUCCGCCGGAAGCGAAAGCGCCGCUCCGAGGCCAGCAGCACCUCCACGGUGGCCUCAGGGACAUCAAAAUCAGAAGAAGGGCUUUCCUCAGGAUUGGGAUCUGGAGUGGGUGGGAAGCCAGAAGGAGACAGCCCCUCGGCUUUGCUAAGGCCUUCGCAGUCCCCGGAGCCUCCGGAGGGCACCAAGAGUACUGCCUCCUCCCCAGGAGGAUCCAUGCUCACCUCCACCCCGUGCCUCAACACCUUCUUCAGCAGCCUCAGCACCUUAAGUGUCAGCAGCAGUGGGAGCACCCAGCGAGCUCUCCCUGGCAGCCGCCACCUAGGGAUCCAGGGGACCCAGCUGCCGUCCGGCAGCGCAUUCCCCCCCAGCUCCAUCUCGGAGGCCUCGCCAGACAACCUGCAGCUGAGUAACAGCAGCACCAGCAACGGCAGCAGCCAGAGGUCUUCCUAUUACAGCCCCUUCCCCACCAGCGCCAGUGGGGGUCAAAGCAGCCCCUUCAGCAGCCCUUUCUACAACUUCAGCAUGGUCAACAGCCUCAUCUACCCCCGGGAGGGCUCCGAGGUAUAGAGCGCUGCUGCUCAGACUUGAAUAUGCACACCUGAGAUCUUGUUAAAAUGCACAUUCCAAGGCCGUAGGUCUGGGGCAGGAACUGAGACUCCGCAUUUCUCUGGAGCUCCCGGGUGAUCUUGUGGCCCAUUGACCACACCUGGAGUAGCAUGGGUCUAGUAGAUAACUCUUUCUACAACCCAGCGAGCUUUUACAGGCUUCUCUGGAUAAGGGCCUCCCUGGAGAGAGAGUCAUCUCACUGUUCUGGGAUGGUACCUGUGAGCCCUGUGAAGGCGGGCACCAUGUUUUGUUCAUCACUGUUUAUCAGGGUUCCAAGCUCAGAUGUGUACCAGGGCCAGCUAGGAAACAAGCGAAUGAAGUUAUUGGGUGGGAAAAAGGUAGCAGUUGGCAACUGAAGCAGUAGGGGGUGUCUGGGACUGAGCAGCUGAAUGAAGGCUGCUGUGGGCAGCUAGUUAGCUCCUGCCUGGCAGCUUUCUGAUUUUUCUAGAAAAGUUGGAUAUGUGGAUUUUUAUAGGAAACCUCUAUUUGUAUUCUUUGUCACAAAUUAAAGUUUUAAAAAUACUGUAGUAGGAAACACCACAAAUCCUUGAGCUGUAUCCAGCUCACGAAUCACCUCUGCAUAUGCUCAGUGUCUGGUACAUGGUAGGUACUAAUAGCAAUAAAAGUGCCCAGGCAAGCCCUGUGUGCCAGGCACUGCUCUAGACACUUGACGUGUAUUAACUCAGUUAAUCCUCACAACAACCUUGGGAGAUGGGGUUUGCUACUACUCCUCAUUUUUUAUAUGAGGGCGGUGAAACUCCAAGGUAUUAGGUAACCGCCCAAGGCCACACAGCUAGUAAGUCAUGGGGCCAGGAUCAGGUCCAGGCAGUCUGGCUCCAGAGCUGGUGCUUGUAAGCUUUGUGUUCUAGUUCCUGAAAAACAAAGGUGCCCGCGUCCAUAGGCAGACAUUGCAUAUCGGGGGUAGGAAUGAGCGAGAGCUCAUUGGACCAAAGAUUCUGGUUGAAAUAAAUCACUUGAGACGUUAAUGGACACCACCUCUGCCUUAUUUCUUCUGCCACAGUCCUGAGGUCUGGGGUGACCAUUGUCCUAGUUAACUUGAUGCUCCAUCCCUUUUAGCAUGUGUCCUGGAUUUUUCAUUUUUUAACAAAGU